AUGGCCAAUAUGCGAGCCAUAGACGUGAGAGGCGGCGCCGGUCCAGCUUCCGCCCUCUUCAUCAACGACUCGGUCCCAAAGCCGCAACCCAAGCCCUCCGAAUGCCUCGUCAAAGUGAAAGCCUUUGGCCUCAACAGGGCCGAUACUCUCCAGCGAGAAGGCAAGCAUCCCGUGCCACCGGGCGUCACCAAGGCCAUGGGUCUAGAGUUUUCUGGCGUCGUGGAGGAGGUGGGGAGUGAUACCGCUGCUGCCGGCGGAGAGGACUAUCGAGUGGGAGAUGAGGUGUUCGGACUUACGUACGGUGGAGCGUAUGCGGAGUACGUGGCUGUGAGUAAGAAGAUGUUGCUGAUGAAGCCGGCUAAGUUGUCUUGGGAAGAGUGUGCGGCUGUUCCGGAGGUCUGGAUGACCGCCCUGCAAGCCAUCCACCUCGUCGGCGAGUACACACCUUCGAAAGUCAAGUCUAUCCUCUGGCACGCCGGCGCCUCCUCCGUCAGCAUAGCCGGCAUUCAACUCUCCCUCAACCUCUCCUCUCCACCUCCCAAAGUCUACGCCACUACCCGUCAAGUCGCCAAACGCGAGUUUGUGACCAAGCAAAUCGGCGCACACGCAGCGUUCAACACGACAAAGUCCUAUCCUGCCGCUGAUGGCUCUGCCGGUGGAACGUGGGCUGACGAGGUCAAGCGCGUGAAUGGCGGCGAAGGCGUGGAUUUGGUGAUCGACUUUGUCGGCGCGCCAUACUUCGCCGACAACCUCGCUGUGCUGGCCAAGGAUGGCCGGGUCGUGCAGUUGGGCGUCAUGGGCGGCACGAUGUUGCCGGCGGGCGUGGACAUCAGCUCGUUUGUGAUUAAAAGGGCGAGUUUUGUAGGCAGCACGCUGAGGAGUCGGGAUGCGGAGUAUCAGGGUAAGCUGAGAUCUGUUCGCGGAGACGGUAGUGCCGAAGCUGGUCAGGGGUGA